GUUGCCAUGGCAUCGCUUGCCUGACUCAGAACAGCGGUUAAAACACGGUCACUCUCGCUUUUGGUGAUGUGAACUCAGCGUGUUGGUGCGCACCGGCUGAACGCAGCCCAGCUUUGUUGGUGUGUCGCUGCUGUGUAAAACUCAGCACGCGCUCUGUCCCGGGAUGAGACCUCACCAUCAGCUGUGAGUGAAACGAAGAGGUCCAUGGUGGAAGCACGCGGGGCGUGCGCACGUCUUCUCACACACCUGCUGGAUGGAAAUAGAUGGAGGAACUUGCGCCACCGUCGAGCGAUUGCUUCACCUCCUCUCCUGGUCCACGGGGGAGCGCUUGUAAGCUGAUUUAACCCGGGGGAUGUGAAUACCUCUCCGGGAUUAGAAGGUUAUUGGGUGAACGACGACAAUGCCCUGCGGCUCGGCCCGGCACUCCCGGCUAUUGUUCGCGCAGCGUCGGACGCACGGUGCCCGGUCUCCCUCGGAUCGUCUCCUCUAGCUGAACUUCGCCUCCCCCGGUGUGGAGGGAAGGAUAAUAUGACUUCCUGGCUCCGCACAUACGGCAGCGUCCUUCUGUUUCUUGUGCUGGUGUCUCUCUGCGCAGUGGAAGCCUCCGGUGCCGGUGACAGUGUGUGUCGGUCCCCUACCAUCACUACUUGUGCUGAGUGUCUCAGACGAGGCCCACAGUGUGCCUGGUGCUUCAAGGAGGACUUUCUGGAUGGGGCGGGCCCAAGCCAGCGCUGCAACCUGCCGGAGAAGCUGCUAAGUAGAGGCUGUGAAACAGAGCUUUUGGAGCAGUCAGAGGUCAAGGUGGAGGUCAAUGCCACCAUCAGCAGCACACAAGUGUCACCGCAAGACAUCAGCAUCACGCUUAGACCAGGUUCGCAGGCAAGCAUCGUAGUGGCUGUGAAGCAGCUGGAACGUUAUCCUGUGGAUCUUUACUACCUGGUUGAUGUUUCGGCAUCUAUGCAGGAUAACCUUGAUCAUUUAAAGACGGUGGGUGUGGCUUUGUCGCUCCGGAUGACAGAGCACUCCUCAGACCUUUGGUUGGGUUUCGGAUCAUUCGUGGACAAACCCGUUUCCCCUUACAUCAACGUCCACCCCUCCAAGAUCAACAACCCAUGCAGUGAUUAUGAGAUCCGGUGUCGCCCAGCUCACGGCUACCAUCAUGUCCUCAGUAUGACAGGAAAUAUGAGCGAGUUUACACGUGUGAUCAAACGCCAGAGAAUCUCUGGAAACAUGGACACACCCGAGGGAGGACUGGAUGCUAUGCUGCAGGCUGCUGUCUGCAAGAGAGCAGUGGGAUGGCGACCGGAAGCAAAGCGUCUGCUGCUCCUGAUGACGGACCAGCCAUCUCACCUCGCCCUGGACAGUCGGUUGGCAGGGAUUGUGACGCCACACGAUGGCUUGUGUCACCUGGAAAACGAUGUGUACACAGGGAGUACAAGGAUGGACCAUCCCAGUGUGGGUCUGUUGUCUGAUAAGCUGCUUGAAAACCACAUCUACUCCCUGUUUGCUGUGGAAAAGCAGCAGUACCAGUGGUACGAGGAGUUGGCACGCCUGCUGCCUGGCUCAUACCUGGGAAAGUUAGGCCUCUUCCAGGCUCCAAACCUUAUUGAGCUGGUGGUGGAUGCAUACAAGAGGUUGUUGUCGGAGGUGUCAGUGUCAGUGUCAGUGGACGAUAGGGCAGUCAGCAGGUACUGGGUGUCUGUAUCUCCCAUCUGUCCUGAUGGAUCCACAGCAAAGAACCAGAGCUGCUCCGGGGUGCAGCCCAACCAGACGGUCUACUUCAAUAUCACGAUUGGCCUGCACUCGUGUCCUGCUGAUGUUGAAGAUGAAGAGGUCAAAGUCCUCAUCCAACCUGUUGGAUAUAACGAAUCCACUGUGGUCAGGAUCCACACUAAAUGUGGCUGCAGUUGUGGACUAACUAAGCGCUGCCAGGAUGACAGCCAAUCAGAAUGCAGCGGUUUACAAGACGGGCUCAGUAAGGAGCAGAAGAUGGAUCACGGGCCAAUUAGGAACGUAAACAGAGAUUCAAACUGGAAUUGCAAAGCAGAGGGGUCUGAUGUGGACUGCAGCAGUCGAGGAGUGUGUGAGUGUGGGAGGUGUGUGUGUGAGCAAAGCAGACUUGGGACAGUGUUCGGGAAAUACUGCGAGAAGGAUGACUUCUCCUGCCCGUAUGAAGGGGGAUUGCUGUGCGGAGGUCGAGGUGUGUGUGUGUCAGGUGAGUGUGUGUGCGAGGACAGCUGGACAGGCGAUAGCUGUGGUUGUCCCGUCUCAACAGUGACCUGUCAAUCAGCCAGUGGCUUGAUUUGCAGUGGGAAGGGGAGAUGUGUGUGUGGACAGUGUGUGUGUGAUGACCUCCAAUACUCCGGAGACUUCUGUGAGAGAAAUCUUGCACGCCAAAGCACCUGCCAAUCAUACUGGAAGUGUGUUGACUGCCAUGUGUCUCAUAGUCUGACUCAAGAAGAGGCAGGACUCUGCAACAGCACCUGUCCUCCUUCUGUGGGCUACAUGGAUGAUGAAUCAGGUCAAACAGGGGAGACUGGAGUUCAGUGUAUGUACAUCAAUAAAGACAGCUGUCACUAUCGGUUUCUGACAAGCUCACAGUCAGGUCAGACUCAGCUCUACAUUGACACAAGACCAGAGUGCGCCAGCAGAAGGCGGCUGGUGGGGACAUUCCUGAGUGUGUGUGCUCUGACGGUGCUGUGUGGGCUGGUGGUGGUGGCAGUGUCCCGGCUGCUGCUGCAGACAAGAGGAAAGUCAGUAGAGGGCGCUUCUGAGGACGGAGGCUACCUUUGCACCGGAAAGGACUUGUCAUACAUUCCUACAACCAACGAGAAGACAGUAACAUACCGGAGGGACCGCCCCCCUGACCGCCCCUUGGAGAUGCACAUCCAGGUUCCCAAGAUGCCCCUUGGUGACCCCUGGCAAUACUAAGCCAGAAGUCAGUCAAGAUGAGACUGAGAGACUGAGAGAAGAGUAUUGACUACAGGCAUCCUCACUGCUUCUUAACCUUCAUCAUACUUCAACCAGCAGUACUUGAGUUUGUAACCUCAAAGGGGUUAUACUUUUAAAAUGAGAUCUCUCAUAGACUGUGUGACAGAUGUGGCCAGUAUCCUGGAAACCAAGAUGAAACUAAGAGCAAAAGUCUAACACCUCUUCUUCCUCCGUAGCAGCAUGGAGGCUGCUCCUUUUCCGCGGGGUGAAGGGUGAUCAUUCCUCACUUUUUUUAGCCUUGAAGCCAUUACUGCUCUAAAUUAUGAGUGUAUGAGAGUGUGUUUGUUUGUGUGUGUGCUGCAGGUAGAUGCAUUUGUUCUCUAUGCUUGCCUUUAAUUUAUAAUUUUAUAGCAAAGACACUAUAUGUUAGGUUAUUGUGGUUAUGACACUCCAACAUUCCCUGUCUUAGUCUGCCCUCUUGUGCAAGUCUGAGGUAUGACAUGUUCCUUCAAUAAUACUGUCUGCACUGACCUCAGCUGUAUUUCUUUGUUUUUUUUAAUCUAUGAAACACACUAAUGGUUCUUUUAUUGACCUUUUUUUUUUUUUACUUUGAUCAGACUUUCUUUGUCAUUGGUGGGGCUCUUUGUCUUCUUGUGUUUUGUGUAUAUAAGAGUUGCAUUUUGGUUUAUCGAUCAACUACAUUGCAAGUCAAUGUUAUUUUAUUAUUUUUCAUCUGUCAUGAUCAUUUUGAAUUUAUUUUCAUGUGAUUGUCAGUUUGAUAAUCUGGUAAGAAUUGCACUUGAACGUUUUGUUGCAUCAUACUACUGAAAACUGUGGGGUGUGUAAGAGCAGGAGGAACUGCCAUGAUAGGUGGAACGGUUGGUUGCUAUAGUAGGGCAUUAUAAAGCAUUUAUAGCUAAUGUAACAAAUCCACAACACUGGAAUAACAAUGGGCUGAAAACUGGAAAGUGCAUCAACAAAUGACUUCACAUGUGGUCUCUAUAACAGAACCAGAACUGUCUGCAUGCAACUGCUGAUCAUCCUGGAGUCAUUCUUAAGGGGACUUAACAUUUCUGGUACAACAGAAGGUACAAAUUAUCUCUGAAAUUACUCAGAUCAAUGGGUUGAACUACAUCCCUCGUGCACUAGAUUCUCUGAAUACAGAAUGCUAAUUUCAUGGCAUCUAUUUGCUCACCAAAUCUUGUUCCUCUAUGAUUUUUAUUUAACAAAAUGUUGUUUACAGCAAUACCUGCCCUAUCUCACUGUAAGUCAGGAACACUAAUUAUUAUUUAUCUUGAUUUAUUUUUCUGUUUAUUUAUGCUAAUUAUUCAAUUGUAUGGUACAUUUACUUUGGUUACAGUUGCUCUAUCUCUAGCCAUGUAAGUCAUUCAGCAAUAAGAAUAAUUAUCUCAUCUCUGCCGACAGAGUCUGGAGUAAUAAAAGCACUUUUUCUAUGUAGUUUUGAUGUCAAUCAACAUUGCUAGUUGUGUAGCAUCUAGCAUGUAUGUUUUCCUCAUAAUAAAAAUGUGCAAGAUUUUUCUUUUUUAA